GGCGUGCUGUAAACAUGGCUGGAAGCAGUGGGAGUGUCAGCGGCGCGGUGCCGGAGUACGAGGUGCCCGAGUUGCACACGCGCGUGUUUCACGUGGGUUCCUUUGGCGCGCUCUGGAAGCAGAAUCUGCACAGGGCAGACCUGUCUUUGCAGGAGGCGGUGGCCGAGGACGGGGCUGCCGCCGUGGCUGAGGAUUUGGGCUGCGGGCUGGAGACUGCAGCGGAGCUUAGGGCUGUGUGCAGUAUUGACAUGUUAAAGUCCCCUGAUAAAGAAGAAGAUCCAGAGAUUAUUUCUGAAGACAGCAGCCUAGUAACUCUUCGAAUUAGAAAGAAGGCCCUGGAGAGGCGAGAAGAAACCAUAAUUGUAGAUCGCACUUGCAGACAAGAAACAUUUAUUUAUGAAAUGGAGUCUCAUGCAACUGGAAAGAGGCCAGAAGAUCCAGCAAAUCUAAUUGAGGAAGGAGAACUUUUCCUAACUCUGAACAUCUUCUAUCCUGUCAUAUUUCAGAAGCAUAAAGAUCAUAAACCUUACCAGACAGUGCUUGUGUUGGGCAGUCAAAAACUCACUGAGCUCAGAGACUCCAUUUCCUGUGUCAGCGACCUUCAGAUGGGUGGUGAGUUCAGCAGCCACCCUGACCAGGCACCAGAGCAGAUUAGCAAGGAUCUCUACAAAUCUGCUUUCUUUUAUUUUGAAGGCGUUUUUUACAAUGAUAAAAGGCACCCAGAGUGCAGAGAUCUGAGCAGAACAAUUAUUGAGUGGUCAGAAUCUCAUGAUCGAGGCUAUGGGAACCUUCAGACUGCUAAAAUGGAGGACUACACGUUUAAUGACUUGUCCAUCAAAAUUGGUUUUCCAUACCUCUUCUGUCACCAAGGAGAUUGUGAGCAUAUCAUUAUCAUCACAGACGUAAGGCUUGUUCAUCAGGAUGACUGCCUGGACAGAACCCUGUAUCCCUUGCUAAUCAAGAAGCAUUGGUUAUGGACUAGAAAAUGCUUUGUAUGCAAAAUGUAUACAGCCAGGUGGGUGACUAAUGAGGACAGUCUCGCUCCAGCGGACCCCUGUUUCUUCUGUGAUGUUUGUUUUCGAAUGCUCCAUUAUGAUGCAGAAGGCAAUAAACUGGGAGAGUUCCUUGCUUACCCUUACGUUGACCCAGGGACUUUCAACUAAGGCUUCAACAAGAACGAAUUCAGUGAACUGGAACCAUGAAUCUGCUGCAGUGGCGGUUGGGUGGUUCUGAACAGAUGCAGUCUGAAAUACUGCUUAGGCCAUCGUUCAUUUGUUCAGUAGCAGGGGUUCCUGCGCACAUCAAGUUUUUGAAUCUUGUUGGUAAUUUAGAAAGGGAGCAUUUACUUUUACACAAUGAAUUAGUGUGGAGGAAACAGCCUCAGCCAUGCUUCAUUUUAACUAUAAAAAUGUAAAAGUACUGUUUACUAAAAAAAAAAAGAGGAGAAAAAAAAAAGGUGCUUACAGUACAUUAAAUGUGGAACUAUAGAUUUCUACGCAGAGAGACUAACACGUACAAAUCUGGGUGUCCAAAGCUAGGGUCCUGAAUAAAAGAAAUCUGAUCUUUAAAA